AUGCAUAUCCUCUCCGCCUCCUCCAUGCUUGCUCUUUGCAGCAUAGUGCUAGCGAAAAAUCACCAGUUCUGUGCCUGUCAGUCUGCUACUGAUGGAAGCAUCAACAUUGAUGCUACCGCACAGGUCAGGCUGAAGGAGAUUAUUGGGUUGCCCAUGACAAGGGUCCCGGACCCCGAUUUGCAGGCGCAUUUUGAUAAGAAGGGAAGCUUCGAGGAGUAUCUGGAGGGAAUCCUCGCUGACUAA